AAUCAUCUUGGCCAGGAGAAGUACCGAUCGAAUUAUCGAUCGAUCAAAAAAGAUAAAUAUAUACCGUAAUUGUGCUGUAAUAGCGGCGGAAAUAUAGUUUGGAAUUGCGAAAAAUAUUCGAGUCGAACAAGUGUUUUUCUGUGUACGAAAUCUAUCUUGAUCUCGACUUCGAGGCCCACUUCCACAGUCCUAUUCUGAACAUCUAUUCUGAUAUAAACAGUCUAUCUGUAUAGUCCUUUAGAUACCUCAUUGUUUUAUGUAGAAACGUAUGAUUUCAAGCGACACACGAGUCAAAUGUCAAACGACAUGGAGGAUUCUGUGCAAGUGACCGAUUUGAGCGAUCACCGACAGCAUCAUCAUCGAUAUCAUCAUCAUCAUCAUUAUCAUCAUUAUCAUCAUCAUCAUCAUCAUCAUCAUCGAGGUAGAACGCCCGUGGGUGAGAUUGGUGACGACGAGUGCAGCACCGACAGUGGCUGCAGCAGCGGCGGAAGUACCGGAAGCGGCGAACGUCUAUCGCGACGCGGUAGCGGUGAACGUUUGUGCAGAUCCAGUAGGUCUCCGAGAACGCCGUGCUAUCCAGAGCGGCUGCGAGGACGAACGACACGAUCGCAGGAGCGGCUUAGCACUAGCGUGCAGAGAUCGUCGGAGCGCACUUGGAGCCCUCCCGAAGACGUCAGGAGUCUACCUCGUGGUGGUAUCUCACCCUCAUCGUAUUCCUCCAGUCCUUCGGAUGCUCACAGCAGCAGCGAUAGCGACUCCCUUAAGAGGCCCUCCACAGCGGAGACUCUACGACGGGCCUUUCAGAGUCUCAAGAUUACCUCAUCCAAAUGGGAUAACAACAACAAGGAGAAGAAGCACGCGAAGAAGAGCCCGAAGAGGAUUUUGCGUAGCCCGGUGCCCUAUAUAUAUGUCCGAGGACCAUCCGGUCUACCCACUCAAAGGAUUCCCCGAAACUCCGGUUUUCAGCAGCAAACUAUACAGCCGUGCUCCUGCCAAGAUCUGUAAUCGAUUAAUAUCGGUCCUACCGGUAGAUAUCGAUUGCAUACAUCGCUGGGCGAAUUUGAAGACAUCAGGAAUGUUGCAAGGAAUAUCAGGGGGAAUAGCG